AUGGCUUCAAAUGAGUUAGGUCACUCCAAAAGUUCCACAACUUCAACUUCAAAUUCUUCAAAUACCAAUAAUAAAGAUAAUAAUUCAUCAUAUUUUGGCAAAUCUGCAAAUUAUCAUGCUCAAUUAACUAAAUCAUUAUUCAAUAAUUAUAAUAAAACAAAUCAAGCUUUACAAUCAAAAAAUAAUUCAAGUACAAUGCAACAAUUUAAUGAUUAUAAUCAAUCACAGUUAUUACCAGAUUUUAUAGAUUUUAAACAAUCCAAUAAUAAUAGACAAGGUAAUAAUAAUCAUCUCCAAACUAAUAAUGGAUAUUUCACUGAUAGAGGAGCAAUUUCUGUACCAUCAUCAAGAAUAGAAACUUAUUAUACUAAUAAUACAAUAGAAGAAGAAAUUCAACAAAUUAUGCAAAAUCACGAAGAUUUGCAUUAUUUUGAUCAAAAUUCUACUUUAGAUACUAAUAAUAAUCAACAUAAUCAAAAUGAAUAUAGAUAUACUCAAGAUAAUGAUAUUAUAAAUGAAGGAAAACCCAAUUCAAUUGAUCUGAACUCAAAUUUACAAAAUAACGAAUUUGAUGAAAAUAAUUAUAAUCAACAGUCUUUCAAUGAGUCGGAAUUCCGUCAGCCUCAAUAUAUGAACCAGUAUUUACAACAGAAUCAUUAUAAACCGCAACCUCAACAACAGCAUUAUUCAAAUCAGUAUUCGCAAAAUCCUCAGUAUCUAAAUCAAAAUCAACAACAAAAUCCACAACACCAUCACAAUAUACCCCAAGAUCAUCAAAAUAGUCUACAUCAAUCAAAUCAGCCGCAACUGCAUCAAAAUUACAACCACCAGAAAAAUACACUGAAUCAGCCACAAUAUAAUCAUUCUCAUUAUGCUCAAAAUUAUAACCAACAUCAACAUGAGCAAGGCUCAGCACACAACCACAAUCAUAACAAUCAGAAUUUAAAUGAUGUACCAAAUUUUUCAAGUGAUCAACAAACACUUUUUGAUUCAUCAAAACCUCAUAUAUCGCAGCAACAACAGCCUCAUGUACAACAACAACAACAACAACAAACUUUUGAACCAAAAAUGAAAUUGAAAAGAGGAAGACCGAGGAAGAAGCCAGGUUUUUAUUUGAAGUUAGAUGGGGUAAAUAAAAAACCAACUAUGUUAAACAGAAUGAUCUCUUCAUCACAAUCAGAUUCAGGUACAGAUUAUUGGAAUAGAACCCCAUCAGGUGGACCAAUUGGAAUUUCUAAAUUAUCUUUUACACCAGCAAAUCAUGAGGAUUAUGACCUUAAAAAGGAAAUGGAUUUAAAUGAUAAUCAUACUCAAAAUAAUAUACCAGCUUUUAAUUUAACUCCAUCAGUUGAACCACCGAUAGGAGUUCAAAGUUAUUUUGAACUAGAUCAUACUCCUAAAAAUGAAUCAUUACCUGGUGGUGGAUUUUUUUCACCUGCUAUUACUGAAGGUGGGAAUAAUAAUAAUAUUAAUCAAUUUAAUCAAACAUUUGAAGCUUAUUUACAAAAUGAUCCUUUACAAUUUCAAUUACCUGAAUUUGAUGAAAAUCAACCACAAUCACAACAUCAACAACAUCAACCACAACAACAUCAACAACAUCAACCACCACCACAACAGCAACAUCAACAUCAACAAAACACUUCAUUCACACCUUUGAAUUUUGAUGUUUUUGAUACAGUAAACCAACAUGAUCAAACUACUUCAAUUCAAAAUGAUGAUUAUCAUUCAUUCGAUGAAGAUGACUUAAAUCCUGACUUUGAUCAAUAUACGGUAUCUCAAUAUAUAAAUCCAGAAGACGAUAAUGAAAAUAAGUUUUCAAAUCUACAAAAGAUAAAAUCAAAUCAUUCAGUAAACAGUGCAACGUCAGAAAAGUUUGAUCAACAAUCAACAACAACAACUACCCCAAAAACUAAAAAAAGAGCAGCAAAAGGUGCAGUUUGUCCAAUAUGUGAUAAAUACAUAAGUAGAGAUUUAACACGUCAUAUGAGAAUCCAUAAUGAAAUAGGUAGAUUUCAAUGUGUUUAUCCAAAACAUAUGUGUAAUCAUAAAACACAAAAUUUCAAUCGACCUUAUGAUUAUAAGAAACAUUUAUUACAUCUGCAUUUUAAAUUUGAUGAUCCUAAAGGUAAAAAUGCAAAUACUUUAGGUGAUAAACUCCCAAUACCUGGUGCUUGUAUGGCUUGUGGAACAAGAUUUGUUGCUAGUGAUUGGUUAAGUGAACAUGUACUUACAAAAGAUUUACAGAAAAGAUGUGUUUAUAUUGAAGAGUAUCAACAUCAACCUUCUACUACUAAUGAACUUAAUCAUAGUAUAAAUCAUAGUUAG